ACAUGCGGCCAGGAUCCAGUGUCCAAGGCUUCAUGCUGACAUGCAAAGACAAAGACUCCCCUCCCUCUUCUUUCAUCUACACAAUCUCAGGGGUAACCAAUGUGAACAACCACUUUGGCUUUUCUCCCAACGCGGGGACCAACAUCACAAGGCUGAUCCUUAGGGAGCCCUUUGACUUUAGCAGUGGGGUAGAUAAGUUGUGGGUCUACAGCCUAGCCGUGCUCAUCUCUGAUGCCAAUCUGCGAGCUGGCCGUGCCCCCCAGACUGGCACCAUCAUCAUUAACGUCCAGGUGGUGGACCCCGACCUCACCACUACCAUGACAACAACAACAGUGAGUGUUUACACUGUGUAUUGA